AUGGCAGAGAGCUCAGACAAAGUGCCCAUCGCCCUAGCAGGCCCGGAGGACGUGGAGCAGUGUCGCCCACCCGCGUACACAGCGGUGGCAGUGAGACCCUCCAGCCCCGGGAGGCUGCUCAAGAUCGGAGCCGCGGUUCUCAUAUCUGGGGCCCUGCUGCUGCUCUUCGGGGCUAUCGGCGCCUUUUACUUCUGGAAGGUGAAUGACAAACAUAUUUAUAAUGUCCAUUAUACCAUGAGUAUUAACGGAAAAAUACAGGAGGGAUCAAUGGAAAUAGAUGCUGGGAACAACUUGGAGACCUUUAAAAUAGGAAGCGGAGCUGAAGAAGCGAUUGAAGUUAAUGAUUUCCAGAAUGGCAUUACUGGAAUCCGUUUUGCUGGAGGAGAAAAAUGUUACAUUAAAGUCCAAGUGAAAGCUCACAUACCUCAAGUGGAUGCCAAGACUAAACAGAGCAUCAGCUCAGAACUGGAAGACAAGAUUAUGCCAGUUAAAUUUGAAGAAAAUUCUCUAAUCUGGGUAGCCACAGACCAGCCUGUUAAGGAUAACAGCUUCCUGAGUCCUAAAAUCUUAGAACUUUGUGGAGAUCUUCCUAUUUUCUGGCUUAAACCAACACAUCCAAAAGAAAACCAAAGAGAACGAAGAGAAAUCUUGAGAAAAAUUCGUCAAGCUACUACAAGAAGAGCAAACAGUAGGCCACGGGGUAAUCCAGGCUCUGGAAGGCCAGUUAAUGAAACAAGGCCCAGUAUUCAGGAGGAUACAGAACCCUUCAAUCCAGAUAAUCCUUACCAUCAACUAGAAGAAGGUGAAGGCAUGACAUUUGACCCCAGACUAGAUCACGAAGGCAUCUGCUGUAUUGAAUGCCGGCGGAGUUACACUCAUUGCCAGAGGAUCUGUGAGCCUCUUGGUGGAUACUUUCCCUGGCCUUAUAAUUACCAAGGUUGUCGCUCAGCUUGCAGAGUGGUCAUGCCCUGUAGCUGGUGGGUGGCCCGUAUCUUGGGUAUGGUGUGAGAUGGUUUCCUAUCCUAGGUACAAGAAUUAAGGCAAGAAAAAAAAUUGAUGAAAUGAUGAGACGACUACAGCUAAAGAAGUAUGGAGAUUCUUGGAUUUGAGGACACUGAAAUAUACAGUCAUGUGUCAUAAGUAGGUCAUUCUAGAUGCCUUUAUUAUUUUCUACUGCUUUAAAUUUUUAAUGAUGCAAAAUAUAUUUUCUCCCAGUAUGGGAAAAAUUCACCAAAAGGGCAAUGUGACACCAGAAAUACACAAUCUCCUUUUUUGCUGUGGAAUUUGGUUUAUCAAUAGUACCAUUUGUUUAUAAAUAACCCUCUGUUUCUGAGAUACAUGUGGAAAGCAAUGUCCAGCUAGUCUAAAACCCAACUUCUACAUUUGGAAGUACCUUUUAAACCAAGCCACUGAUAAAAAUAAAUCACAGGUCAAGUUGUCCCGUUAUUAUUCAUACUAAGUUCCAGGAUCAUUUUGUAUACAACAGUCACAACUCAUCCAAUUCCAGCAAAUAUGCUCCAGAGGCUACAAAAAUGUAAGUCAGAUAAGAACCAAAAGAAGUUGAAAGAAUAAACUACAGAAUGGAAUAUGCUAACAUAAAUGCUAUCUAUGGAACUCAAAGUGAUGGAAACAUGGUUAAGUUCCUAAUCUAUAGAAUAUGAUACACAAUGCCAUAAUCCUUAAACAUCAUCAGUUCCAGGAAACUCUCUUUAGGAUGAACAUGGUCAAAUUUAACCAAAGGCAAAUCUUCCUGAGGGUGGGGAGGGAAGACAAAACUUUACUAUCAAAAUUUAGAGAAGCAGAUAAUCACAGUUUUUUCAACCUGCUUCCAAUAAAGGGUCACCAGUAAUAAAGCAGGAUAGUGAUUUCCACCUUUGUAGUACAAAUCAGGCUACCGGAGGGAGUCCAAUUAUUAAGAAAUCCCUCUCUUGGUAAUGGGGCUGAUGCUGUUGCUUAGAAGAUAUGGCCUAAGAGGAAUAACAAAUAUCUUUUGAAAUUAAAACAUUUCUCUAAUGAAAGCAUGAAGAAAUUUUACAUUUUUUUUUUUGACAUUUAAGUUCUGAGUGACAGAAUUUUAGAGAGCCAUAAAAACACUUUUCUAAAGAAAAAUUAAAAGUUGCUUUUGGGAAGAUUCAUAAAUAUGAGCUGAGGAAGGGGAAAGGAAGGUCAUCAUGCCCUUGAAACAUCACUAAUUUCUCAACAUAAUAAUUAUGAAUGCAACAUGCUUAUAAUGCUGAUGUCAAAAUUCUUAUUUUUAAUGAAUUACACAUUGCUGCCAAUGAAAAUAUAUAAAAAUGCCAAAAUAUUUUCACCCUUUUCUUUCUAACUUGGUUACUGGGUCCUUGUUCACACACUUGCAUUCAGUGAGAUGGGACGUGAAGCACUGCAGCAAGCUGAGUCUACAGAGGAACCAAGAAGGAGCAACGGUUUAAAGCAGAAAUAAA